CUGCACCGGGUGUGUGUGUGUGUGUGUGUCGUGUUUUCAGCUGUCGCUUGUGUGUGUGCGCGCGCGUGUGUGUGUUUGAGUGUGUGUGUGUGUGUUUCACCGAUGGAGUCGAACAGUGCGGCGUACGGAGCCUCGCUCGCCGGAGCGGGAUUCGAUCCCGUCAAAUUCAUCAAACAGCCUCAAACUAUCAUACGGUUCCUCAGCUGGGUGUUUGCCAUCGUGGUGUUCGCCUCCAUAACCGCCGAAGGUUACGUGAACAGCAGCGUGGAGGCGCAGGUGAAGUGCGUCUUCAACAGGAACGAUGGGGCUUGUCAUUACGGCGUGGGCAUCGGCGUCAUCGCCUUCCUGGCCAGCUUCGGCUUCCUAUUGGCCGACGCGCUCCUGCCUUCGAUGAGCAACGCUCAGGAGAGGAAGUACGUGGUGAUGGCUGAUCUGGGCUUCUCAGCCGCCUGGACGUUCCUGUGGUUUGUGUGUUUCUGUCUCAUGGCGGAUCAGUGGUCAAAGACCCAAGACACCAGCGGCAUCCCUAAAGACGCCGUCCACGCCGUCAUCGCCUUCUCUUUCUUCUCCAUCGGAUCGUGGGGAGCGCUGACGUUCCUCGCCCUGGUACGGUUUCGUCAGGGCGUGACAGACGUGACCCAGCACUACGCCGAUCCUCCGGCGGACCCCGCCUCUCCGUAUCCCUCCACCUACGCUCCGCCCACGUAUCCGUCCUUCCAGAACACCGGUCAGGACAUCUUCCAGCAGCCGCCCGUCGCCCCGAACCCCGACCCGUCCGGCCAGAGCAGCUAUCAGCCGCCCGUCUACUGACCCCCGACCCGCGCCGGGGUCACGUGACGCCGCAGGCAGCCAAUAGGAGACUGUUUGGCCUUUAUUGUGUAAAUAUUGCGUUUUCUUACAUGGCUGAGUUCAGGCGCUGGAAUUAAACGAGUUGUCGUCGUGGAGCAGGUCUGUCGCUCACACUGGAAUCACGGCAGCAGUGUGUGUGUGUGUGUGUGUGUGUGUGUUGUUAACGUCUUCCCGGAUGAAUGAGUAGGAAUGUGGCGGGAACAAAAAGAGCCCGUUGACCCCGUUUACUAAUUGCGUUCCCAGAUCACAUCCAGUCGAGCCGCAGAGGGGUUUUUACGGUGCUGCUUUCUGCUUCCAAAUCUGAAAACAUCUGGUUUGAUUGAAAAAGAUCUACAUAAACACACCCUGACGCUCA